GCUUAAUUUCAGUAACAAAAUCAUGUAUCGGCAUUGUGUCUUGUUAUUACUUGCCGUUUGUAACGUACUCUGUGAUAACUGUGUGGUGUUCAACUUUGAAAACGAUUCUUUUCAUGAUUUCACAAAUGAUUUUGGGGUAUGCGUUGGCAGGUCCAUGUGGGAUCUCAGACAAUAUGACGAUUUGCCGAUGGAUGCUCCUCAUGAGAAUAGUACAUUUUACAUAGCACCGACAUCAGAAGUGAGCUGUAUGUCCUCAUUGAUAUUCCCCAUCACAGGAGGGGGAACACUGGAUGUCAAAUUGUAUAUGGAACCGGCAGCAGAGUCCGAUCAGAUCACCAUCCUAGCGUUUCAACAUGAGCCAAAGGGAGUUGUUGGAAAUCUCAUCUUGUCCGCUAUGGACCCCAACUUCACAAGAGGCUGGCAACAUUUAAAGGUCACUUUAAUCGGAUCAGGCGUUUAUAAUGGUUUUGUAACUCUUAUGGGUAUUGCAUCUGAAUCGUCAGUUAUAUUAAUAGAUUCAGUCCGAUUUAUUGCACCGUCAUACAGUGAAGAGUUUUGUCAAAUAUAUAAACAAGACGAAGAAGAUGAGACAAAUGAAACAACAAUCUCAACAAUCGUGCCAGAAACACCUUCAACCAUCGUGCCAGAAACACCUUCAACAAUCGUGCCAGAAACACCUUCAACCAUCGUGCCAGAAACACCUUCAACCAUCGUGCCAGAAACACCUUCAACCAUCGUGCCAGAAACACGUUCAACUAUUGUUCCAGAACCAACAUCAACCAUCGUGCCAGAAACAACUUCAACUAUUGUUCUAGAAACAACAUCAACCAUCGUGCCAGAAACUACUUCAACUAUCGUGCCAGAAACACCUUAA